GUGACGUCACUGCCACUGCUGCUGCUGCUGCCGCGAGGAGGAGGAGCGCGCGGGGCAUCAUCCAUUAGCAUCAGGCUAACAGGCUAACAGUGACCGACAGCAGCUAUGGUCCGGAACCGCGGUCCAGUCCGUGUCCUGGUAUGAGCUGGUUUAAGAAGAACUCACAGCGGGACUAUGGGGAGUGGAUUUUAAACAACAUCCGGGUUCAUAAUGAAGAGACGAAGUGAGGUAAGAGGUUCGAGUCUAACGGUUCAGUUCAUCAGAAUUAUGCUAGUUAGCCUGUUUACGGGUCCAAAUGAGCUCUGUUUAAGAAAGAGUAUCCUCAUUGACGGCCCGGUUCUGGUCGGUUCUGGUCAUUUAUAGGCCCAUGUAGCUGCAUGUUGGCACAGAGUCAAAGGAACCUUGACUGGACCUGAGUCCACCUCUGCGUCAGUCUGGGUCUGUUCGGAACUUGGACAGGUGAGCUACACUUCCUCACCUGUCCGUGGAUCAGAACAGACUCACCUGCUCACCUGAAAAGGUGUUUGUCCACGUGUGUGUGUGUGUGUGUGUGUGUGUGUGUGUGUGUGUCCCCCCACACCAUCCUCCAGAUCAGCUGCAGUGAACAGGACCCCCCCUGAGUGUAGGGCUGGGCGAUAUGAGUUAAAGUCUAUCACGGUAUAUAUUUAUAUAUCGGUCAAUAUCGAUAAGUAUCAGGAUAUAUAAAUGAUGUUUAUCAGUGUUCAUUCAGGCCUCCACAGUCCUGAGACGUUUCACUGCCACUAAAAAUACAUGUGUGUGAAUCAUCAAAUGUAUUUAGGGUCACAUGUGUGAAUAAAAAAAUCAGUUUUCAUUGAUCCCUGAAGGUCUUUGUGCUCCUUCCUUUUUUAACUCAGGAGAACAUGUGAACAGAGUUAGAGUCUGACCCUGUUAUUGAUCACAGGUCUUUUACGAUACAAUAAUCUCCUGCAUCUGUGAGGUCUUUGUCUACGUUCACACCGCAGGUUCUGAUGCUCAAUUCGGAUUUUUUGUUAACUCCGAUCUUUUUGUGCGGUCGUUCACAUUACAACAACAACAACGAAUGUGUCCGUGAAGUGACCCGCAUGCGCACAAAACUCAAACUGCUUUCCGCGCUUGAUUGUGUUGUCGAACAACGGUGACGUUUGUCGCAUAUUGAUUAGGUAUAGGUCGACCUGAGCGUCCACACUGCAGUCACAUCGGUUACAUAUCUGAUUUAUAUCCACAUACAGAAGAGGCCUGGGUCGGAUCAGAACCAAUCAGAACUGACCUGUUCACACUUAGAUGAAAACAUCAGAUAUGAGUCACAGAUGGUUAAAACAUCAGACCUGCAGUCUGAACACAGCCUUUGUGUCUCUUCGGCGUUUUGUCGUAAGGCGUUGUGAUGUUAAAGUGCUAUGGUUGGGUGGAGCUGCUGUCUGCUACGACUUUGCAGCUGUUUGAUACUUGGUUCUAAUUCAGAACAUGAUUGGUUCAGACCUGGAAAACUCCCCUUUUUAUUGGCUGUUCUUUAGGGGUGGGAGACAAAAAACAAUUCAUAUAAGUAUCAAGAUUUUUUGUUUUACAAUUUUUAAAUCAAAUAUUUUUCUUCAAAUUUUCAGAAUAAAUCCUAAAAUCUGACCUCCAUGUGUAUUUUUGUGUAAAUCUGGUUCCUUUAAUAGUCAGCAGACGAUCAUAAUCAUUGAUCUGUUUCACUUUAAAAUACAGACUAAAGAUCGAGAAAAUCAACAAUAUCGUAGAAUCACAAUUUAAAUCAAAUCAACAUCCAAACAAUCGUAGAAGAAUCGAAUCAGGAGAAAAGCAGAUCGUCCAGCCCGACUGUUCGUUAGUCGACAAAAACAUGUCAGAAUGACGACUAUUGAAAAGGAUAUUGAUCAUGUUUUAUAUUGAUAUUGAGGGACAUUAACUUUAUAUAUAUAUAAUGUUUUGUUUUGUUUAUAUCUGAAUGUGCUCUCUGUUCCAGUGAGGAGUCUCGGUCUCUGAUGCCAGGUCCAGGCUGCACCUGAGAGCUCAGGAUGAGUGGGGCUGGAGAGCACACGGACAUCCUGUCAGUGGCAGACGUGGUCAGAGACAGAUGGAAGGUGGUGAGUGUCACAGACAGCAGAAGAGAUGGACGUCACACCUGCACGUUGUUCAGUCCUCAUGGUUCUGCUCUGUGACUCAGUGUUCCUGUCUUUUUAGGUGAGGAAGAUCGGUGGGGGCGGGUUCGGGGAGAUUUAUGAGGUUCUGGAUCAGCUGAGCCAGGCCACCGUCGCCUUAAAGGUGGAGUCGGCCCAACAACCCAAACAAGUGCUGAAGAUGGAGGUGGCUGUGCUGAAGAAGCUCCAGGGUGAGAGAGACCGACAAACACACACAGACCAGAGAGUCCUGAUCCAGUUAUUUUUUAUACUUUAUUUCAUUCAGUUCAUAUUUAAAACCUUCAAAACAAACGAGUAAAAACCUCAAACAUGUGAAUGUAAAAGAGCAGAAAGAAGAAAAACUCUUUAGAUUCAUCAACUAAACACAGAAUAAUCAAAUAAAGCAGAGCUGCAGGACCACAUGUUUUUUUAUUAUUUCUUAUUCUCAGAAACAAACAGUUAAAACCACAUUAAUUCACAUUUUUACACAAACAAACAGACUCAGACUCAGAUGAACAUGUUUCCCUGUUUUUACUCGACAGACUGACUUUUUUUAAAGAUCAAAUCUGAUUUAGUUUCUUUAGUUUCUUUAGUUUCUUCCACAAACUUCUUCCUCUCUCUGUAACUCAGCGCUCAUUCACUUUAGUUCUGAAUCUUUAUAAAUAUUUAAAAUCCUUUUAAAUCAUAAUAAACUUUCUCCUUUUUCUAAUCGGCUCUGGAUGUUGAUGGUAAAAUUUUCGUGGGCAGGUGUCCACUCUUCACAUGUUCACAGAGACAGAAGUUGGUCUGUGUUUACGUUCACUUUGGUCGUUAUAAGUUUUUGUAGCGUUGACAGGUACGGGGUCAUUUAGCAGAGGCUUUUAUCCAAAGCAGCGUAGAUCUAAACCACAUAGAGAUGACUGCAGGGAUGUCAGGAUACUCUGAGUUUGAGACAGUGAUUCUAUCUCUUAUCAGGUAAAGAUCACGUGUGCCGCUUUGUGGGCUGUGGACGCAACGACCGCUUCAACUACGUGGUGAUGGAGCUCCAGGUAGGAUCUGUCCGGUCCGUGAUUUUCUACCUGCAGCUCAUGAGUGAGAAAUCUGAUGGUGAAUCUUUGCUCUCUGAAGGGGAGGAAUCUGGCAGAUCUACGUCGAACCAUGAGCCGGGCCACCUUCUCUGUCUCCACGACUCUGAGGCUGGGCAAACAGAUCUUAGAGGCCAUCGAGAGCAUCCACUCUGUGGGCUUCCUGCACCGCGACAUUAAACCUGUGAGUAGACCUGACGCCUGCUCCACCUUAGAUGGUGCCAUCACUCUUCUACGACCAGAGAAGUAAAUCUGAACGUGUUCGUCUGUUUUAAACCUAGUCGAACUUCGCCAUGGGGAGACUCGCCAGUACCUGCAGAUGCUGCUACAUGCUUGAUUUCGGGUUGGCCCGCCAGUUUACCAACUCCAGCCAGGAAGUCCGUCCAGUAAGUACUCUGACUGGUUAUUGCCCCUGGGAUUAAACAGGACCUGAGUGACUGAGGACAGUCAGCCUAAGAAACCUGGGUGUCCUCUUUGACGGAGACAUGUCCUCCGUGCAACACCGACGAGAAACGAGGAAAAUCUCUGAGUUUAGGAAAAGGGUGUCUCAGAAUGACCUGGAGCUCAUCGUUCAGGCCUCUGUGUCGUCACGUUUAGACGACUGUUACAGUUUGUUUUCAUGUCUGAACAAAAAGGAGCGGUCUCGUCUUCAGUCAGUCCAAAACUCUGCAGAGAGAGUUCUGACCCGCGCUAACAGGAGGACUCAUAUGUCCCCUCUUCUUAGAGCUCUUCACUGGCUGUCUGCGUCCUCGAGGAUCCGUUUUUAAAGUCUGGUUCUGACAUUUAGAGCUCCACAUGGUCAGGCUCCAUCUUUCAUUUGUGACCUGAUCCAGCCCUACACCCCCUUUGGGCUCUGAGGUCCGUGGAUCAGAACCUGCUGAUGGUUCCGUUCACUCGUUCACGGAUCCUUCCGGGCUUUGGAGUGAUCUUCUCUCUCUGUUGACUCUUUAACUCCAGACUGAUCUAUCAGGCGUUUGUUUGGUUGUUUUGGGCUGAUAUGACUGUUUCAUGUCGUUGUCUCGAUCUUUUCUUUUGUACAUUUUUAUUUUUGUCCAUGUGAAAAGUGUUUUACAAAUGAAGUUGACUUCCUUCCUUCCUGUUGGAGGCGGAUUAGUUAAAAACAAAUGAAGGAGACAUCUAGAUGACCUUUUGAAUGAUGGUCAUGGUAAAGAUGGCGUCCUGUCUGUAACGCCUCUAACGUUGUCGUCCUUCAGCCUCGUCCUGUCGCAGGUUUCAGAGGAACUGUUCGAUACGCUUCGAUAAACGCUCAUAAAAAUAAGGUGAGACGUCUCCAUCCUCACACUCUCCUCCUUUUAUCCCGUCUUUUUUACUCUUCAUAUGAACUCACAGCUGUUUGUCUGACCGUGCAGGAAAUGGGUCGUCAUGACGACCUGUGGUCCCUCUUCUACAUGCUGGUGGAGUUCACGGUCGGUCAGCUGCCCUGGAGGAAAAUUAAAGAUAAAGUACGUGUCUCUUUGUCUCGGUAAAUCCUCGUUUGUUCCUCCUCUAACUCCUCCCUCUCUUUUUUCAGGAACAGGUGGGAAACCUGAAGGAGACGUACGACCAUCGUCUCAUGUUGAAGCACCUCCCCUCAGAGUUCACUACGUUCCUGGAUCACAUCCUGACCUUGGACUACUUCACUAAGCCGGACUAUCAGGUCGGUCAGGUCUCUCUGAGCCUGUUUUUGCAGACCGUGUCCGCUGUGCGACUAAAUGCUGAGGCGGGUGUUUUCUGUGUGACAGCUCCUGAUGUCAGUGUUUGAAAACGCCAUGAAGAGCCACAGCGUGCUGGAGAACGACCCUUAUGACUGGGAGAAAUGUGAUUCAGAGGAUGUGCUGACCAUCACCGCCACCGCCACCACCGCCCAGCAGCUGACCCGCCUCACUCCGGCCUACCUCGGGUAUUUAAAACAUCCGUCCUUCACAGUCUGCUGAUGGGGGCGGAGCUUAAAUAUGAGGCUGACCUUCCCCUCUCCUCCACAGCAUGGCCAACGCUUCGGUGCUGCCGGGUGAGCUGCAGAGGGAGAACACCGAGGACGUCCUGCAGGGGGAGCGCCUCAGUGACGCCGACAACUGCCCCCCCAUCCCCACCCCGACCACCCCGGGUGGAGACGUUUGGGAGGAGAUGGAUCGCAAUCGGAACCAUAAACACGCCCAGCCGCUGAUCAGGAAGGUCAGGGGAACGUGGUUGAGCGUGAGCUCUGUGUGUGACCGUUACUCUUCCAUCUGUGAGCGUCCUCGGACUGAAUCAUGUCUGAGAAAUCAUGAUGGCGUCCUGACGACCUUUGACACUCAGGAAGAGCUCCUCCUGUAUCUCCUGUUCUUAAACUCUCACUCCGGUCGUUUACAGUCUCACUUUAAUCAGACUAAACUCAGAACUCGUCCUUUCCUCUGAAUCUUCUCUCCUUGUCCUCGUUUACAUGCAGCUGAGAAAAUUAAAUUAUUAUUAUUCUCUGUUCCUCGUUUUGAGACCGUCCAUAAACUUUAAAGUGUCCGUUUCUGUCAGGACAGGAAGCAUGACGGCGCUCUCCUCCUCGUUCUGAAAGUCGACCUUCUUUCGUGUUUCAGCUGCUUCUGAGUCGAAAGUUCUUUAAAUGAUGGCGACACUUCCUCUUUGGUGUUUCUGGUCCGGGGUUACAGAGUUGUGGCGCACACACACACACACAUUGUCCGAUCAAACUUUCAUUUCAACUGUUGUCAGAAUCUGGUUCUGGAUCAUCUGAAGGUCUUCUCUGAAAACAUCUUUGUCUGGAUGGACGCAGAUGUUCCUCCUAAACCUGGAGAUGUUGUCUAAAACUGAGGAUGCAGCAUCUAUGUUUUCCAACUCUUCGUUGAAAGGACAGCUGGACUUACUUGGGAUGUUUCGCCUUAGGCAAAACGUCCCAAGUAAGUCCAGCUGUCCUUUCCAAAAGAGUCUAACCCCCGACCUCCACCUUCAUCCUGAUCGUCUCCUAAAAGGUCGUAUCCUCCGAUCGUAGCUGAUCGUAACCAUUCAAGUUAACGUGUCAAUUUACACCGACUUCUUUCCGUUCCUCUGAGGAUUGCCGGACUCCUCAGCUGAUCACAAGAGUUCUGUUUCCCGUUAAUCACAGUAAAGCGGUAAUCCGGUUUCCUGAGUGUCCUGUAAACGUUCAGACUGAUGUCUCUCUGUGGUCGGAACUGAAAAACAUCAUGGUGCUGUCACUGGACUUAAACUGGGAAGACUGGUACGUUUGACUUUAGAGGUGUUGUAGUCAGGAUCUGAGGAAGUUCCAGUUUUUAGGAGAAAUCUUGAAAGUAAACUCGACUCCUCCAACCAGUUUUCCCCUCAGCUCCUCCUCUCCCCUCAAGCCCCGCCCACAAACAGACGCUCCUGCUCGCUCGUGUCGUUCCAAUUCUGGUUGGUUUCUACUGUCCGAUAUUGUAGCACGCUAACUUUGUUUGGGCUCCUGAACGACACGGGGGAGCAGCGUCUGCCUCACAACCAAUCAGGUUAGAGGAGGUGGAGAACGGCUUUGUUUACAGUCAGAAAGAGCGGACCGCUCAAAAAUGUUCAAAUGUUGACGACACAGACAGAAGAGAACACAGAGAUAUCGAUAUAUUACCAAAUAAUCAAUAACUAAUAACUAUUGACUGAUAUUAGAAGAUUCCUGUCUCCUCCACCUGUAACUGAAGUCAGACGAUGUUUUUGUUAAAAAUCGUAUUUUUCUUCGACAGUAAAUCGGCAACAACAUGAACACCUUUCUCCACAGGGGGUCGCUGAAGAGCUGAUCUGGGUGUCCUCCAGGUGGGUCCAGUUCUCAGUUCUUUUCCUUCUCUUCUAGGUGGUCAGUGAGGAUGAACACAGUCAGAACCAGGGGAACCAGAGUCCCAACACCGGCUCCAUGCAGAGUUCUCCAAGGCGAGUCCGGUCAGAGACCAUGUUCCUGGAGCGGGCCGCGCCUCUGCUCCGGAGGAUGAGACACAGCCAGAGUCUGGCGUUUGAGAAGAGACUCGCACCAGAACCCAAACCCACCAUCGAGCGCUUCCUUGAAGCUUAGUAAGUCCAAAAGCAGAAAGUACCGAGUGUGUUUGUGAGGUUUUGGUUCCACUCACUAAAACCGUCUGGUUUCAGUUUGGGAAAACAGCGUCCUGGUCUGAUUCCUGAGCGUCUGCAGUCGCCCUCCUGUAACGAGGAACACUCCGGCACGGCGACCCCUGACCCCGAGGAGGGCGCGGCCAGCAGCGGCUUCGUAGCGGUGAACCUCAGUCCGGUCCCUCAGGAGGGAGACUCUCAGGAGUGGGUGAUGCUGGAGCUCGAGCAAGGAAGCGGGUCUGGAACCACCAAGCCUCCUGGUGAGGACAAGCUGAGGACACAGACCCCCGCUGAGACCGAGGACCAGUCCACCGACCCACAGGACGCCCAGCCAGCAGCAGCCGUACCCAGCAGUCCGGUCCUCUCACAGAUGACCAUGCCCGGCACGUGGUUACUGGGUCACAGGAGACUGCCGGGCAUGCUGGGACAGAUGCCGUCAGUCAUCAUGGGGAGACCUCCGAUGGACCAGGUGAGGAGGACGUGUUUGUCUGAACCCUCAGUUCUUAUUAAAGAUCAGAAAAUCUCAUUUAGAGUCAAAAAUAAAAAACUCGGUGUCUCCUGAAGUUCUCCGUCACUUUAGCUCCGCCCACCCUCCUUUGUCGGCCAAUAGACUUCCACUAAAAACAGGUUUUUUGACACUAGAUCUGGAUGUCUCAGAGUGGGACAUGUGUGGAAGGAAGAGUCUGUGUGCUCCUGCGUGUGUGCACGGGUGAGUGUCUGCGUCCAUGUUUAGAACCGGGCAUGCUGGGAGUUUUUAAGAUCUGACGUCCAAGUUCUUCAGUGAGGGACAAACUCAUAAAUGAUUCCUGUCUCACAUUAAUUUAAUAUGAACACAUGAAUUCACAGUGAGGUGGUCUACUAGUCCAGAACAGAGUCCUGAGUCCAGGUUUACUCAGACCCCGGUCUUACCAGCUCUUGUCUCCUCUCAGUCCUCCAGCUCUGGACCGCAGUCUCCUGGACAGGAGCGGAGUGACGCCAUCCCCCUGGAGGCGCCGGAGAAAACCCUGAAGGACGAAGACCGGCUGGAGUUCUCUCCAGGUCCAGGUCUGGUCAAAGGUCCCGCUGCGACCCUGACCAACGACAGAGACCCCGAGAGUGACUCGGGUCUGCCGGACCGGUCCUCUGAGCCCAAUCAGCAGCCUCAGGCCGACGCAGCAGGAGGGGCCGUGGAGAGUACCGUCACGGUCUCCUCGUCCCCCCCACCGGCUCUCCUCAGGAGGAGAGACUCCCCCCUGUCCCCGAGACUGAGCCGCAUCCCGGUACGAGACCCCAGCGCCCCCCUGGACUCUCCGGUCAAAGAUCCCACCGCUGAGAGGCGUCACCGCUGGAGCAGUCCCGUCCCCGGCUCCCCCACCCACUCCCCCUCCCCCUCUCUGUCAUGUGACAACCUGCCGUGUGCGUUACCCAGAGACCGGCUGUCCUCCGACCGAGGGUCCAGGUCCGACUGUGUGGGCGAAGACCCCCUGUCUCUGUCCUCGUCGUCAGGGAGUAAAAGUAAGAUCCCUCGGCCCGUGAGCGCCACCUUUGUACCGGAACAACUCACCAGCAGGUUUCUGCCCCGCCCACCUCCUGGGAAACCCCCCCUCCGGCCCUGCGUGGACAACAGGUACAUGAACCACAUUUCCCAUGAUGCUCUCUGUAAAAACCGUCAUGUUUCAGAGGUACAACAGCGGUCCUGAAGAGAGCCGGUCUAGACCGAACCCUUCGUCACAGUCAUUCAGGUCCAGUCCGGUCUAAACCCAGACCCGGGUCCUCAUUUAUCGACGCGGCGUUCGUACAGACGUGUUUUCGUAACGAGUUCGUACGAACGUUCACACGCAGAGUCUGAUCGACCUGGACGUGAAGUGGAUCUAAACUCUGAGCAGGUUUACACUAAGGGUGUGGAAAAUAAUCGAUAUCAAUCGAUGCAUCGAUGCGCAUGUGCGCGAUGCGACUGCGUCGGCUCAUUCACUGGGUAUCGAUGCAAUUGACGGGUUAAAUCUAGAUUCAUCUAGAUGCGUUGGUGGGUAUCGGUAAAAUCCGAUGCAAGCGCCGUUUUAUUCAUGUUAAACUUCACCCAAUCUGCUGUUUCCCAGGCGCAUUGAAUGCACCAUCAUUUUUUCACGUUUUGUAUUGAAUACGGACGGAAGCCGUGAGGGACAUACCAUGCACUACUACUAAAACAGCAUGGACCACAUUCAAGUGAGCAGCAGCGAGAAAGAGCUUAUAUGUAAUGCACCCGCUACGUUUAAAUCAUAUGUUUGGAAACACUACGGAUUUGCAAAGAAAGACGGAAAGCUCGACAAAACGUCCGUCAUUUGCAAAGAAUGCCGCAUUAAGAAGCCGUACAACGGCGGCACGACAAACAUGCAGACCCACUUAAAAAGAGAACACCACAUCACCUAACGCCAAGUCUAACGCCACCUCCCCUCCCUUAACAUUGAUUGCACUGAUGAAAGUGUCACUUUAGGUUACUCAUUGAGAGUGUUUUGUUGUUGCUGUUUACUGUACUUUUUACAGCAGUAAUUAUUGUGUAAUUGUUUUACUCUUAUUAUUGCAGAACUCACUCAAAUCACUGAUUUUGUGGCCAGUUAGAAAGUCAACUCUAGCACAUUGGUUUGGCAGACAGUAGUAUGGCCAUUGAAUGGUUUAUUUGCAUCAUGUUAGGCAGUGCAUUAGUUGUUUAAUAAUGUGUACUGUAAUAUUACCCAACAAGUAUAGAGCACUUGUGUGAUGUAGGGUUGGGGCCGAUACCGAUUAUUGGGGGGGUCCGAUUACCGAUGAAUCGGCCGAUUUUUAAAAUCUUUAAUGAAGUUAUAAAUAUAAAUAUUUACUGUAAAUAAACUGAAGGCUGCUGCUCGUCACGCCGACAGGAAGACGGACGGAUCAAACUGGGACCAGAACAGCGUUUUACUGACCCGUGUUUUCGAUCGACCGCGUCCGCAGAGUUUUAUCUGAAUUUCGUUCCUACGACAGAAUUUCGAACCGUUUCUCCGAACGGUUGAUAAACGAGGACCCUGGAGUGAAACGUUUGACGGCGUUGAGCGAGUCGGAGUGAAGAGGAGGAAGGAAAUGUCAGAUGUGGGCGUGGUUUUCUCAUCUCUCCUUCUCUUACUGUCUUUAGGAGACGGAGGUUAAGGGUGCGAGCCAGCAGCACCAGCGACGCAGACUUCCUGGCCAGUCUGACUCAACUGAUGCAAGACCGCAGCAGGAUGCUCUUCAGCCCUCCUCCUCGCCCUCGCAGCUCCUCCUCCUCCCUGCAACGCUCGCUAAGCUCCUCCCCCUCCAGACAAGAGUUGCGUGAUGGCGGUGCCCUGCAGGGACGCAGCCGCUCUCCGUCCAGCUUAUCUGGCUCCCCUCCUGCCCGUCACGCUCACCCACAGGACCGGUCCGGAGGGCAGGGUCUGUGGGGCCACUGCUCCAGGGGGCGGGGUCUGAUCCACGAGGGAAAAGGCUCGGGCAAAGUGAACCGAUGACUGCGUACGACACGAGUGACGAGUCUGUGCGGCGCAACUGUAGCCAGAGACUGAGCCCCGCCCAGUCCCUGAUAGCAUGUGUAAAUGAGAUAUUUACUCAAGGGAAUGUAUGUAAUGUAAAAACUACGAUCAAAUGUACGUAUUUAUUUAUUUAUUCGUCCUCUCCGAAUACUUGAGGACGUGUCUGGAUACGUGACAAAGGUCGAGAUGAUAACCUCAUGAUUGCCAACUCUUUACCUCUCAUUUCACUCCUCUGAACGCUCAUGUCGGCUCAUCAUGAGAGCAAAAAGAUCAUGUUUCAUACCUGAGGAUGUACAAAAACACGCUAACUUUAGAGACGAACCAUCAGAGUAAUGGUAGACACUCAUAGAAACCCUGUACUCACAUUAUACAAACACUAAUAGUCAAUAUCACGAGCAGUAAACCAACGCCAGCGUGAAGCGUGCAGAAGCAGGGCGUGCAGAAGCAGGGCGUGCAGCCCGCUGACCUCACAGAAGAAGAAGAAGAGAACAGCUGAAAUGAAAACUCUGUGACCGUGAGCGGCUCGUUUAGCGUUUCACCGUGUAGUCGUAGUAGUAUGCUUUUACUUUGCUCGGAAAUACUCGUCACAGAAGGCGCCGCGUAGUAGAAUGUACAUGUAAGUGCACUCAUCUUUCAGUAUUGUAAACGUGCAUGAGAUCUUUGUUUUUGUUUUUUUAUUUGUACAAACUGAUGAGACAUCUGUUUUUUUUAUUCAGCUGCUUCUGAUCAAAAUACAUCCAAAUAUAGACAAGAAACACA